CUAGAAGGCAGCAUCAAUGCGCCAUCGAAAGCGUUGUUGCAUUGACUGUAUGUGACCAUGUCACUAUUGCCAGGAGCAUAUGCGAGCGCGGCACACUCUCCUUCUUCCCUUCUUCCCUCGCCCUUGGUGCCCUCUGCUUAUUGCUCCUUCCCCAUCCUCUCGGCAAGGACUCGAUUACCGUGACUUCCGGCGUCCAGCACUCGACAAGCGUGAUCGCCGACGGCAGUGACAUAAUAGAGGCGCCCCCAAAGUGUAUCCGUAUAGUAUCGAGUAGACGAAAGCCCCUGCCCGAGUCUCUUCUUCCUGUCUCAAUUCUCGCACACCAUGUUUGGCAACAAUUAUUCACCCGCUGCAGCGUCGCUGUCGACCGUUUCCUCGGCUGCAAACUCGCCCGCUGCUCCCAUCACGCCCGCUUCCCCAACUCGUCCUUCCCGGCUCCGCGGUCUUUCGUAUCUGCGCAGUUAUACCCACAACCACCUGCACUCCAACUCCACAACCUCUCCGCAAUCAACUCAGCCUGCCAAUCUCUCGACCCCCGCAUCGCAAUCUCGUCCAUUGACCCUCAGCCGGAGUACCAGCUCUCCUGCCCGCAGCGCACCCGAGACGCCAUCGACCCCGCCGCUGCGUAGUGAUACCACCGCCAACGGUUGGGUCCCUACUGUCGCCGGCCAGAGUGCUCUGUCCAGGCUCGCAACCCAGCCUCAGUCCACUCAAGCCGAUUCGCCUACUUCAAACAUGUCGCGUGCACGUGCUGCCACUAUCACUCAGGACCUUCGGACCGCCGACACCUCCUCGAAUCCCUCUGCUGCUCCUUCUAUCGAAACCGAGCCUGCCGCUCCUGCUGCUUCGACAGAGCCGGUCGCUGCUCCCGCACAAGUCGCUCCAAGCGACAAGAAAGAAGCCCCCUCGAUUCGUUUUAUCCCCCAUCAUGAACCCCGUGCUUCAAGACCCUCUCUCACGUUUCCCAUCGUCACUCGUACUAUUGCCGCUGCAGGUCAGCGUGUAAAAGUCGGCAGAUACUCGGAGAGAGACCAGGCUGCCGACGGAGCAGCCAGUGCAAAGACGGCGGCCCCUGUUGGCUUCAAGAGCAAAGUCGUCAGUCGUAGACACUGCGAGUUGUGGUGUGACAAUGGCCAAUGGUUCAUCAAGGACGUCAAGAGUAGUUCCGGCACCUUCCUGAACCACGUGCGCCUAAGUAGUCCCGGAAUGGAGAGUCGCGCCUACCCACUCAACGACGGUGAUAUCGUGCAGCUGGGCAUUGACUUCAAGGGUGGAGAGGAAGUCAUUUUCCGCUGUGUCAAGAUUCGUAUCGAGUGCAAUAGGGGCUGGCAGAAGAGUCUCAAUCAGUUCAACACCGCAACCCACAAGAAUAUUCUAAAACAGGCAAAGGUCAACAACGCCAAGGACAGCGACGCUCAAUCUACCCACAGCUCCGAAUGUUCUAUCUGCUUGAAUCCGGUUGCUCCCUGUCAGGCUCUCUUCGUCGCCCCCUGCUCACACGUUUGGCACUAUAAAUGCGUUCGCACUCUUAUAUACCCUAGCUGGCCCAGCUUCCAAUGUCCCAACUGUCGUGCAUAUGCCGACCUGGAAGCCGACGUCGAGCCUCCGGAAGAAGAGUACGAAAGUGAAGAUGUCGAUGACGCACCCAAAGCCUCGGAUAUUGAGCAGCCAAAAUCACCGGCACCGGAAGCACUCCCAGCAAUCGAGUCUGGUGGCCUCGAAGAUGAAGACUUGACAGCUAUGAUGAACAACGUCUCAAUAGAUGCCGCGUCGGCAUCGCAAAACUUAUCGGGCACAGAUUCAAGCUCGGAGAACGAAGCCGGACCCUCGCAAGGUUCCAUAUCACAGCCUGUUCCUAUAAUUGCAUCGACGAACGCACCAGUAAAUAUGCAUUUGUCAGACUCGAUCAUGGCACGAUCGGCCACGCCAACUUCAUCGAUGCCCUUUGCGCUAGCUGCAGUCACUCUUGGACCUAUGGGUGAUGGACAAAAUACGCCCAUGAACGACGCCGGGCCAUUCGUCUUUGAUAACAACUCACGGCGUGCCACGGCACAACGAAGCGUUGCAGAUAUAGCUCGGGAACCUGUUCACGAGCAACCAGAAGAGCAUCUCGCACAAUGAGCCUUGCUGUCGCCCUCUUCUAUCAUAUUGCUUCCGUGGCCUCGUUCGGAGGUUUGAACAUACUUAAUUUACAUUUGUUGGCAAAGCAUGUCGUAUAUAUCUUCUUGUCAUUAGUUGACAUGGCUUUCGUCGUUACAUAUUCUUACUUUAGCGAGCUUCUACAUGGUCCGGGUGGAGGAGUAAGCAGGCUGAACAAAAUCCGGUCUUGGAGGAAAGUACCCACCAGGGAUGCACCCUAUAUGCUGCUGUCAUUAUUGACGUUGCUUGACAUUUGAGGCCCAUCUAUCUGUGUUUUGCAGUGUGCAAGGUUUACUCCCAA